AUGGAUGAUGGCAGCGUCAAUCCUCAAUACAUCACCGUCGGCAUCGUAUUCAUCAUUCUCUGGUAUUUCUUCUUCUCAAUCAUGCUGUGUUUGGAGCUGUCGCAUACUCUUUUUCGGAUAGCAGCUUGUUUCAUUAAAGAGGAGGAAGAGGAAGAGUGUACUGGACGGAUCGAAACAGUUGAAUGCGAAAUUGAGAAUGUCAUUGAUGCCAAAACCAAGGAGGACUCGGAGGACGGAGGGAAGAAUGGAACUUCGGAGGUGAAUCAUUUCGAAAUUGUUGUUUUCCCAAAGGCUAAUGAUGAGGAGCAAAACGAGGCCACUGACAAGACCGAAACGGUUCAAAGCGAUUCUGAUAUGAGCAUGGAGACUGCACUCGGAGGACCACCAGGAAGAAUCGAGCUCGUUUCUUGA